ACCCGGCUAUAACUAUUCAGUUAUUGACUGACUUGGGUGUCGGUUGAACAAUUGCAAAAUCUCGAAGAAAUUACUGGCAGUCCAGUCUCGCAGUCACAAAACCCAGACGUCUUAUAUAGUCGACAGGUUAUUCGAAAAAUGUCGCCGAUUGAAGAACCAAAGGAAAAUUCGAUUCCCAGAAAUUACCAACUGGAACUGUACGAGCACGCCAGACGAGAGAACACGAUCGUGUACCUGCCGACGGGAUCGGGCAAAACAAUGAUCGCCGUCCUACUUAUCCGCGACUAUGCGGCCCAAGUCAACAAGCCGUUGGCGCAAGAUGGACGCCGUGUUGUUUUUCUGGUGCCCACCGUCAUUCUGGCCAAGCAGCAGGCCGCCUACAUCCGCCGGCACACCUGUCUGGAAGUGGGCGAAUAUUACGGAGAGCUCGGCGUCGACUUGUGGAAGGGCGACAGAUGGGCCAAGGAAUUGGAGAAGAACAAUGUCUUGGUUAUGACGGCCCAGCUCUUCGUCAACGCAGUCAAUCACGGUUUCAUCACGGUCGGCCAGGUCGCACUCUUGGUCAUCGACGAAUGCCACAGGGCCGUCAAAGAGUCGCCCAUGAAACACUCGCUGAUCGUUUUGAAUGAAUUUUGCCAGCGCCACGGGGCCGGCAGUGUCCCGCGCGUUCUGGGACUGACGGCCGCCCUUUUCCUGGAGAAAUGCAAACCCAAAGACGUGACGAAAAAUAUCAGCAAGCUAAAGACCUCCAUGAACUCCAUCAUUCGCACUGCACAUCCGCACAAAAUCGCUGGAUAUUCGACGAAACCGAUUGAAAUCAUCUGCGAGUAUUCCAGUUGGCAGGAGAAUACCGGAAACAGUGAGACGGCCUGGCUCUCAUCGCAUAUUCAAGAAUUAUUGGACACUUGUUUGAUGGAACUUCGUGGAGACCUCGAUUGCGAUUCCCCCUGUCCUGGUGAACUGACUGAUAUCCUACGAGAAAUCAAAAUUUUGACUAGUAUAUUUGGUCCGUACGGUACUAAUCACACCGUAUCCAUCUUUAGCAAAGAGAUCCGGCGACUGGGAUUUCAAUCCGUGAAUAACUCUGAGCUCGUCAACAGAUUUUUCAAAAUAGUGGAUGUGAUGUUGGAGGAAAUCCGGAAAAUCUGUGGAUUUAUUUUCGGCCAAUUGAGUCCACUCGAUCGCCUCCGCCUUUUUACCACUCCGCACGUGACACGCCUGAUGGAUAUUUUGCGUCAGUUCAGUCCCGGAGAAAUUGACACGGUGGCAAAAUUCACCCCGCUGUGCAGCAUUGUGUUCGUCGAACGCCGGUCUUCUGCCAACGUCCUUUACCACAUACUUCGAGAGGCUAGUCAAUGUGAUCCUGGUCUUUCCUAUCUGAAUCCGCUAUUCACGAUGGGCCAGGCUUCGGGAAAUCCCAAAGGGAAAAUGAAAGAAAACCACCACCUCAAUCAGAGCCAGAGUAAAAUCAUUCGCCAAUUCCGAGAUGGCACCUGCAAUCUUUUAGUGGCCACUUCCGUCCUGGAGGAAGGUGUGGACGUCCGAGCGUGCAAUCUAGUCAUCCGUUUCGACGGCAUUAAAACAUUUUGCGACUACGUCCAGUCCAAGGGACGAGCUCGUUCGCCCAACGCUUUUUACAUUUUGAUGGUGCCGACAGAGACGCUGAGCCCUUUUCUCGACACGCUGGCCGGCUUCCACUUUAUAGAACAGUCUCUGAUGGACCCUUCAUCUCUGAUGAUGUCCAGCGUGACGGACGACGAACCGAGCGAUCCACAACUGGAACAACUCUGGCAAACAAUCAUACCGCCUUAUUGUCCCUAUCCGGACGGACCUCGCGUCACUCUUUUGAGUUCCAUUUCGUUACUAAAUUGGUAUUGCGCUACUUUGCCGUCGGAUGGAUCGGCGCCACUUGCUCCUUAUUACGUGGUCAACCGAAUCAGCGCUAGAAGACUAGCUGAAAUGGACAGGGAUCACACCAAUCACCUUAGAAGGCUAGGAUCGACCAUCCAGGAUCACUUUCGAUGCACUUUACUGCUGCCGCUCAAUUGCCCGUUGAGAGACGAAUUGAUCGGUCGAGUCAUGCCUUCCAAACGGCUGGCCAAACAGGAAGUGUCUCUGCAGGCCUGCAUUCGCCUCCACCAGCUGGGCGAAUUGGACGACCAGCAUUUGAUGCCGCUCAGUAAAAGUGUGGUGCUGGAGACGGACGAAAAUGUCGACUUCGAUUUCGAUUGUCAAUUGGAAAAUUCACAAGGAAGCGACUUCUACCUCAGAGGAGUUGCCCGGCUCUUGGAUGGCGUAAUCGCCUCGCCCUUUUACCUUUACUUGUUCACCUACGAAGUGGUCAAGGAUUCGGCCCAGCCAGAAAACCAGUUCGACCCCAAUCGCGCCCAGCGCCGGAUGGGUUUCCUGUCCAGCCAGAAAUUGCCAGCGAUCAAUCCGUUCGGAUUGUACUCGCCGGCUGGCCAGAUCAACGUCGGAUUUCUGGAAGUCGACAGCUUCUUGAGGUUGACUCUCGACGACGUCAAACUCUGCCACCGUUUCCAGCAGUUUCUCUUCGAAAAGAUUCUACAACUGCCGGGCGAGGAGCAGUACAAUCCGUCGCGGGGCAGUUACUUGGUCGUCCCCAUCACAAACAAUCGAAUCGACGUGGCUUUCAUGAAUGAGCACCUCGAUUCAACCGUCCCCGAUUGGCAGCCACACCCGCCAUCAUCGUCGUCCAGCAGCAGCCAAGUCGUUGACUAUUUCAAAGUGUACGGCGACGCGGUGGUCACCGCUCACCACGACCAAACCAAAGGGAAAUCUUCCUGCUACUACGUGAAUGCCGUUCGUCCGGAAGUGACUCCACUUUCCCGGUUCCCCAAUCCGGCUUACACCACGUACGCCAACUAUUUCCACCAUCGCCAUAACGCAAUCAUCGCAAAUCAGAGCCAGCCGCUCCUGGAAGUCAGAAAGGAAUCGUUCAAAACGUUCAAUUUUCUCACGCCAAAGUACGUUAACCGCAAAGAAGCGGCGGACGACGGCGACGGCGAAAUAAAAUCACUCCCAAAGGGGAGCAUCUACUUCGUGCCGGAAUUCUGUGAAGUUCACCGUUUUCCGGCUUCCAUGUGGAGACAGGCGCUGUGGAUUCCGUCCAUCUUUUAUCGUUUGAACUCGUUGCUAUUGGCCGACGAGCUGAGGAUGGAAAUUCAAGCCAAAACCGGCCUCGGGCUAUCUGUUUUACCUCCGAAUCUUCAAUGGGAACCUCUACAGAUGAAAACCAAUGGCAAAUGCCAGCAGCUACCGUCACAAAUUGUUGAGAAAAGUGAGCAGAAUGAUAUGGAUGAAGGCGAUCUGAUGCAAACUGAUAUGACGUUAAAUAGAGAAGACGACGAUGUGGAUUUGAAAAUUUCCAUUUGGAACGUGGAUUUAUUUAUUCCAGAAGUUAACCAAAUUAAUUCGCCGGUGAAAUCGGCCGGACUGAAAUUUAAUAAAAAGCAAAUGUCAACUCAAAACUCUUCAGCCGCUUUUGCGGAUAACUUUCGUUUUGACGACGGGCCAAUGGACAAUUGCCCAAAGGGUCCUUCUCCGGGUGAAGUUUUGCAAGCCUUAACCACGUCAGUAGCCAACGCCGGCUACGAUUUGGAACGUUUAGAAGUGAUCGGCGAUUCGUUCCUGAAAUUGGCGGCCAGCAUUCGCGUUUAUUGCGACUCGCCCAGCCACUUUCACGAGGGCAAGAUGACCCACCUGCGGAUGCUUCAAGUGUGCAAUCGAAAUCUUUUCAAACUGGGCAAAAUCAAAUCGAUUCCGCGAUUCGUCGUGGCCACCAAAUUCGUGGCCAAAGAGAAUUGGUUGCCACCCUGCUACUUUCCGAACAACACUGAAGAUGACUGCAUGGCAUUGGAGACCGACGAAAAACCGAAUGCUAAACUGUGGCAGAGAAUAUCCAAGAAAUCUGUAGCGGAUUCGGUGGAAGCUCUAUUCGGCUUGUACCUGACGCUCCACGGAAUCAAAGGCGCUCUCAAAGUGAUGCGCUGGAUGGGAGUCAACGUUCCGGAUCCGAGUGGCGACGAAGGUUCCUCCUCUUCUUCUUCUUCUUUCGGUGGCACUCCACCGGAGCCUUUGUUGCUCGAUUCGCCGCAGGCUCAACAUCUUCUGGACGACCAUCUCGCCGGCUUCGAGACCCUGGAGAGUAGCCUCAACUUUCGCUUUGGCAAUCGCUUUUAUCUGCUGCAAGCCUUCAGUCACGCUUCGUAUCAUCCCAAUCGGAUGACAAGUUGCUAUCAGCGGCUCGAGUUUCUGGGCGAUGCCGUCUUUGACUAUCUGAUUACUAAAUACCUGUACGACUGCCGGCUGUUUCAAUUGACUCCCGGCGCGCUGAGUGACAUGAGAUCGGCGCUGGUCAACAACGUCACCUUCGCCGUGCUGGCCGUCCGCAAUGGAUUCCAUCGCUAUCUGAAACACCUGGUCCCCGACGUCCACCAAGCCAUCGAUCGAUUCGUUCAGCAACAGGAAAUGUGCGAUCACGCAACGCCCGAUGAGUUUUUCCUGAUUGGAACUCACGAUGACCCGAUGGCCGAAGCUGUCGAAGUUCCCAAAGUCCUGGGCGAUAUUUUUGAAUCGCUGGUCGGAGCUGUGUUUCUCGAUUCGGACAUGUCGCUGGACGCGGUUUGGCGAGUUUUCUAUCCGCUCAUCCGGGAAGAAAUCGAAGCUUGCACGCGAGUAGUUCCCAAGUCUCCAAUUAGAACGAUUUACGAAAAAUAUCCGGGGAAGGUCCAGUUCAAGACCCUGGAGAGCCUUCCAGACGGGCGUAUUUGCAUAGCUGUUGAGGUUCUGAAUAACGGUCGAUUGUACAAAGGAGUCGGAAAGAAUUCGCGAAUAGCUAAAAACACCGCGGCCAAGUAUGCGCUUAGUCAACUCGGCAUUUGAAACUCGUCUUUUGCCAGUGGUCGUUUAAACAGUUCACGUCGAAUAAUUUUUUAGGUGUUUGUAUCGACCCAAAUUUAAUUAUUGUUGCACCUUGCACGAAAAAACAUUAUCAUUAUUACACAGCAUUGUUUCAUAUAUAUACAUAGUGAAUGUUGAACUACCGUCGUAUACAUUGCCUAUAUAGCCUACCUGUACCGUGUUACCGGGAACGGUAUUUCCGGCCCUUGCCCAGCGCAAUUCCCUCCGAGUUCCAGUAGAAAUGAGCCCAUAAACCCAAUCUUCUGUAUCGUGUGCGUCACAGAAAAUUCUUCGCAAUACACUGAUCAG